AGAAGCAUUAUCUUAUCUCCAACACAUGCACUACGCGCCACAGCUCGCUCAAGGCGAUAAGCCCAUUUAUCAUCGGCGAAACCAAGCAUUGAAACACCAUACCGCGCGCGCGCGCGCGACAGAGAGCUCGUCGGCGUCUUCGACGGUGAAACCACGCGGAGGAUAGACAUGGCCGCCUUACUCCACCACCAAGCGGCUGCCCCGACCGCAAAACCACCCCACCCAUGGGCUCUUCACUCCACCACAUCCAGCCUCUCGCCACUCUCCAGACGACGACGAUGCGCCUCAACCAUCCGCUCGGCGGCCACGGACAGCAGCUUCGGGACCGGCGGCGACGCGGCGCCGUCCAAGAAGACCACCCGGAAGGAGAAGCAGCAGGAGCGGCGGCGGCAGCAGGACCUGCAGGACCGGCAGCAGCAGCUCCUGAUGAUGGAAGAAAAAACGUCCCUCGCGAAGCGAGACGGCGGCACCGGCAGCAGCAGCAGCGGCGGCGGCGAGGUCGACGGCGACGACGACGAGCUUCCGCAGCCCGUGUUCGACCGCAUCCUGCGCCGGAUCGCGUUCACGGUGGGCCUUCCCAUGGCGACGGGCGUCGCGCUGCUCAACGUGUACGACGCGCUCAAGCGCGGCCAGGGGGUGGUGGUGCCUUCGUGGGUGCCGCUGCUCACCAUCCUCGUCGCCUUCGGCACGUCGGCGCUCGGCAUCGCCUACGGCACGCUGUCGGCGAGCUGGGACCCCGACAGGGAAGGCUCGCUGCUCGGCAUCGACGAGGCCCGGGCCAACUGGCCCGUGCUGUGGCAGGAAGAGAUCCAGAAGGAGAAGGAGAAGAAGGCCAAGCAGAUGAAGAAAUGACUGGCUGGACAGGGCUGAAAAUCCUGUGCAACUUGCUACUGAUCAUGUAAUAUUUCAUUGGGGUAUUACAUUGAUCUUACCUUUGAAUAAAAAAGGCAAUAUAAAUUAGCUAAGUAA